AUGGGCAUGGCGUCCUUGAGCGACCUGGGGGUGGAGGGCACCUGCCUGUCCCUGGGCGGCCGCCGCACGCCCACGCCCGCGGCCGCCGCCGCCAUGGCCCGCGGCCGCGGCGGCGGCGCGGCGCUACACCUGCCCGGCGACGAGGACGAGGACGGCGCCGCGGCGCUGAUCGCGCCGCUGCCCGCGCCGGGGUGCGUGCCGGCGUGGAUGGACGGGUGGUGA